AUGUGUGAUGGCGAGAUGUAUACGUCGCUUUUGAACGUCAAGCAGGUAAUCGAUGUUGAACGAAGGCUAAUGGGUUUUCUAAGGACCUACAUUGACCAGGAAUUGGAGAGACUGGAAGACAUCAAACGGUUCUAUGCCAAGGUAUCUGACUUGCACAAUGAAGUUUACAAUGGACCGGCAACUGCAUUAGCCAACCCAUUGGUGGCUUUCACCCUGAUCAAGCGCUUGCAGUCUGAGUGGCUGAAUGUGGUGUACAGCGAUGAAGCCAUGGAGAGCAUACAAGCCCUCAGGUCCAGUUACGAGGAGGUGGAGUCCAGUCUCCCCAAACUGGAGGACCUUAAGGGGGCUGCUAAGGGGCUGAUGAGACUCCAAGACGUGUACGCUCUUCAAGUCAAGAGCCUCGUGAUGGGUCGCUUCCAGAGAGUCACUAAUGGAAACCCUAUUGACAUCUACAUGCCCACAGUAUCUAUCCCGCUCUCUGGGGAUGACUGCUUUCUGGUUGGGAAGGUAGCCUAUGAGCAGGGAGAUUACUACCAUUCAGUGCAGUGGUUUGCAGAGUCUGUGCGCCUCUUCAGAGGAACAGGCAGCGGGUGGAGCCCAGAGCAUGAAGGGACUCUGGAGGACGCUCUGGAUCACCUGGCUUUCUCUCACUUUAAGACAGGAAAUGUUUCAUACGCAUUGAGUUUGUCUCAGGAGUUGCUCCACCGUGAUCCAAUGAAUGGGAGAGUUCUGCAGAACAUUGAGAAAUAUGAGAAGUUGCUCGUCAACAGUCCACCCUUACUUAUCCAUGAUGGUGGUUUGAAAAGGCCCAACUCCACUUAUCUGAGAACCAGGAAUGCUUACGAGAGACUCUGUCAGACCCAAGGCACCCAGCCAAAGAAUUACGAAAACCCCAGAUUGUUCUGUGACUAUUUCACCAACGGCGGUCCAGGGCUGCUCCUUCAGCCAAUAAGACGUGAAGUGCUGAGCCUGCAGCCAUACGUGGUCCUUUAUCACCACUUCGUCACAGACAACGAGGCAGAGACGGUCAAAGUAUUCUCCCAGCCAGGUUUAAGAAGAUCUGUCGUGGCAUCUGGAGAGAAACAGGAAACAGCAGACUAUCGAAUCAGCAAGAGUGCAUGGCUGAAAGCCUCUGCACACCGCAUUAUAGGGCAGCUGGACCAGCGAAUCUCCAUGGUCACGGGUCUGAAUGUACAUCCGCCAUAUGGCGAGCACCUCCAAGUUGUAAACUAUGGGAUAGGUGGUCAUUAUGAGCCUCAUUUUGAUCAUGCUACGUCAACAUCAAGCCCCUUGUUCAAGCUUAAAACUGGGAAUCGAGUCGCAACCUUUAUGAUAUAUCUCAGCUCUGUUGAGGCGGGCGGCUCAACAGCCUUCAUCUACGCCAACUUCAGUGUUCCUGUUGUGAAGAAUGCUGCCCUCUUCUGGUGGAAUCUUCAUAAGAAUGGUGAAGGGGAUGGAGACACCCUGCAUGCUGGAUGUCCUGUGCUUGCUGGGGACAAAUGGGUGGCCAACAAAUGGAUCCACGAGUAUGGCCAAGAGUUCCAACGACGCUGCAGCCUUAAUCCUGAGGAGUGA